CCUGAGCGGCUGCUGCGAAGCCCCAGCCAGAGCUGGGCGACGGCGGCUGCGGUCGCGGCGGCGGCAGCGGCGGCGGGAGAAGAUGGUGGCGCUGGAGGUAGGAGCGGCUGGAGAGGAGCUUUAUUCCCAGACUUGGCACCAACGCUGUCGUUAGCGCCGCCUGCUUCUGCGGGCCCGCGGACCCAGCUGUCAGGCAAGCCGGGUGGAGCAAAAUGAGAGCGCAGUGAGCCGGCCCAGCCUCUCUCCCAGCCGUCCCCGACGCCCACCAUGAACCACUUGGAGGGGGCCGCGGAGGUGGAGGUGACGGACGAGGCGGCAGGCGGGGAGGUGAACGAGUCGGUGGAGGCCGACCUGGAGCACCCCGACGUGGAGGAGGAGCAGCAGCAGCAGCACUAUGCGGGUCGCCCCCGGCGCCGGCGCGCCGUCGAAGACCCUCGCGCCCAGCCUGGGCAGCAGCAGCAGCAGCAGGAAGAAGAGGAGCGUGGGGAGUGCCUGGCGCGCUCGGCCAGCACGGAGAGCGGCUUCCACAACCACACGGACACGGCCGAGGGCGACGUGAUCGCCGCGGCCCGCGACGGCUACGACGCCGAGCGCGCGCAGGACCCCGACGACGAGAGCGCUUACGCUGUGCAGUACCGGCCGGAGGCCGAGGAGUACACUGAACAGGCGGAGGCCGAGCACGCCGAGGCCACGCACCGCCGCGCGCUGCCCAACCACCUGCACUUCCACUCGCUGGAGCACGAGGAGGCCAUGAACGCGGCCUACUCGGGCUACGUCUACACGCACCGGCUUUUCCACCGCGGCGAGGACGAACCCUACGCCGAGCCCUACGCCGACUACGGGGGCCUCCAGGAGCACGUGUACGAGGAGAUUGGGGACGCGCCCGAGCUGGACGCGCGCGACGGUCUGCGGCUGUACGAGCAGGAGCGCGACGAGGCGGCCGCCUACCGCCAGGAGGCUCUGGGCGCGCGGCUGCACCACUAUGACGAGCGCUCCGACGGCGAGUCCGACAGCCCGGAGAAGGAGGCCGAGUUCGCGCCCUACCCGCGCAUGGACAGCUAUGAGCAGGAGGAGGACAUCGACCAGAUCGUGGCCGAGGUCAAGCAGAGCAUGAGUUCGCAAAGCCUCGACAAGGCGGCCGAGGACAUGCCCGAGGCCGAGCAGGACCUGGAGCGCGCCCCCACCCCGGGCGGGGGCCGCCCCGACAGCCCCGGGCUGCAAGCGCCGGCGGGGCCGCAGCGGGCCCCCGGCGGCGAGGCGGUGCAGCGAUACAGCAAGGAGAAGAGGGAUGCUAUCUCGCUGGCCAUCAAGGACAUCAAGGAGGCCAUCGAGGAGGUGAAAACCAGGACCAUCCGUUCGCCUUACACCCCCGACGAGCCCAAAGAGCCCAUCUGGGUCAUGCGCCAGGACAUUAGUCCCACCAGGGAUUGUGACGACCAGAGGCCGGUGGAUGGCGAUUCCCCAUCUCCGGGCAGUUCCUCACCCCUGGGUGCAGAGUCUUUGAGCACACCCCUUCAUCCUGGUGACCCCGCGGAAGCCUCCACAAAUAAAGAGUCAAGAAAAAGCUUGGCUUCAUUCCCAACCUACGUUGAAGUUCCUGGACCUUGUGACCCUGAGGACUUGAUUGAUGGAAUCAUUUUUGCUGCUAACUACCUUGGCUCUACCCAGCUGCUCUCAGACAAAACUCCCUCCAAAAACGUGCGAAUGAUGCAGGCCCAGGAAGCAGUAAGCAGGAUCAAGAUGGCCCAGAAAUUAGCCAAAAGCAGGAAGAAGGCUCCUGAAGGUGAAUCUCAGCCAAUGACUGAGGUGGAUCUCUUCAUUUCUACCCAGAGAAUCAAAGUAUUGAACGCCGACACGCAGGAAACGAUGAUGGACCACCCUCUGAGGACCAUUUCCUACAUCGCGGAUAUCGGGAACAUUGUUGUGCUGAUGGCCCGCAGGCGGAUGCCCCGCUCCAACUCCCAGGAGAACGUGGAAGCCUCCCACCCAUCCCAGGAUGGAAAAAGGCAGUACAAGAUGAUCUGCCAUGUCUUUGAGUCUGAAGAUGCCCAGCUGAUCGCACAGUCCAUCGGGCAGGCCUUCAGCGUGGCCUACCAGGAGUUCCUCAGGGCCAAUGGGAUUAACCCUGAAGAUCUCAGCCAGAAGGAGUACAGCGAUCUGCUCAACACCCAAGACAUGUACAACGACGACCUCAUCCACUUCUCCAAGUCGGAAAACUGCAAAGAUGUCUUCAUAGAGAAGCAGAAAGGGGAAAUCCUAGGUGUGGUGAUCGUGGAGUCUGGCUGGGGAUCCAUCUUGCCAACUGUGAUCAUAGCCAACAUGAUGCAUGGAGGCCCAGCAGAGAAGUCAGGGAAGCUGAAUAUUGGGGACCAGAUCAUGUCCAUCAAUGGCACCAGCCUGGUGGGCCUGCCUCUGUCAACCUGCCAGAGCAUUAUUAAGGGCUUGAAGAAUCAGGCCCGGGUGAAGCUGAAUAUCGUGAGGUGUCCCCCAGUAACCACCGUGCUGAUCAGGAGACCAGACCUUCGCUACCAGCUGGGGUUCAGCGUCCAGAACGGAAUUAUCUGCAGCCUCAUGCGAGGGGGAAUAGCAGAGAGAGGAGGCGUCCGCGUGGGACACCGCAUCAUUGAAAUCAACGGGCAGAGCGUGGUGGCCACCCCACAUGAGAAGAUCGUCCACAUCCUCUCCAACGCCGUGGGGGAGAUCCACAUGAAGACGAUGCCGGCUGCCAUGUACAGACUGCUGACAGCCCAGGAGCAGCCCGUCUACAUCUGAGGCCGCGCCCCGCGGCGGCAUGCAUGGAGGCCCCUCCUCACGUGUGGUUGUGUUUCUCGUGCUGCUUCUGUGUGCCCACCGGGACCUUCCCCUCUCACGCCCAGCACUCGGUUCGAACCGGAGGAAGAGAAUCCGCAGCGACCUCCCUCUCUCUCUCCCCGGUUUGCUUUCUUUGUUUUAAAUGCCAGGGAAGUUUUGUAUACACUCCUUUGAGGCUGGAGAGCAGGUCAAAGCCACCCAGCAUCUGCCGAGGACCUUCCGGAAGGGCCCUUGCGGGAGGGGGCCUGAGGAGGGUUGUCGCCACCCCGCACCCUCCCUUUCCAAGAGGUGCAGACCUCUUCGGAGGAGCCCCUGGGGACGGUGAAGAAGCCGAUUCCGCAGUGCCUACGAUCCAAUGGCUGAUCUCUGCUCUCUUCCAGUCAGUUCAUGGGAAUAUGGUAGUAAUGGGGGGCCGGCCCACCGGGUACUUGGGGCAUCAUACACUAUUUCCUCCCAGAAUUUCUGAGCCAACCUUAUGCCUCUUCUAUAGCCAGUUUUAGUUUCAACAUAAUUGUAUUUUCUAAUGUGAACCUUUUCACCCCGGGAUAGAAGGGGAACUACUGGGACGCAGACACCUGGGCAGAGAACUGGGCGAUUCCCGCGGUUACCAACUGUUAGAUAACCACAGGCAGGUACUUCUGCCUUCUUCUACACCGCACGUACGUACACACGUCUCACUUGCAUAUAUUCCACACUGCCCUCCUACCCACCACCAGUGAGGCAGCCAGAGCCCCUGGAAAACCCGCAUGGCCUCUCUGUGAGGCCCCUUCCCCCACAGGUGAGGGCCACAGGGGCUGGUGAGCCCUGCCCGGAGAGAGACAGCCCUCUGAGGCUGAGGUCCGGCCCUGCCAGCAGCUCCUUGGCUCAGGGGGUUCUGGUGGACUCCCAUGCACCCCCCACCCCAACACACACAACCCACACACACUGGGAGUCUGGACAGGAUGGACUGCUCCCCUUGAAGAUGAGGAACCCGGUGUGAUCGUGUUAGGCUUCCUGGUCCAAGGUGGGACCAGCCUCCUCUUCUCAGGACCACGAGGCAGGAUGUGACAUUUGAGAGGCCAGCACGGUACAUAGACCACCAAACUAAGGGGACAGUCGUGACCUCAAGCGAUGCCUAAGAAUCCCCAGAUGAAUUCCAAAAACAUCUUGCUGCCUCGGGGGCCUGAAAAAGAUUUUACUUAGUGUGGAAUGUUACGUGUUCCCAUCAGGCGCCUCACGUCCGUGGGUUUCGUUCAUCGCAGUUCAGUGCAGAUGUCUUUGUAAUACCAUGAUUCUGAGCCAGUCUUCACUUACUCUUGGUCCAAAGAGCACUUUUGUUUCCAUGUGGGUGGGGUGUGGCUUCGUUUGGUUUUCGUUUUUGUUCCGUUUGUGACCUCCACAGAGACAGGGUAAGAGAAACUAUUUUGUGAUAUUAUUAUAGUCCCUGUUCUCAACAUCUGGGCUAUUUAUGUUGUGUCUGUGGAAAUAGCAACCUGGUGAGCACAUGUUGGGUAGUAUGGAUUUAUACCUCGAACAGAGGGAUUUCAGGGAGGGAGAAAGUGAAUGAGAAAAGACUAGGAACAAGAAACUUCUGCCAGAGAGGUUGUGCAGUCUGGGAUCUCUGUGCUGAGUUUUCUGCUUAGGCAGGAAAGCCAGGUGCUUCAGUGGUGUUAGUGGCUGGACUCCCAGUGUGACCAUGGGUCAGACCCUGCCAAAGAGGGGCUAUGCUGCCCACACAUUACCCCUGGGAAGGGGCUGCCCCUUCUCCAGGGGUCCAAGGUGGGCAGUAUGGGACCCCUGGAAAACUUUGGAGGACAAUUAGCUCAAUGUUGCUAAGCAGGAGACCAGCCCCAACAUGAGGAGCCACCAACCUCAGUACCAUUUACCAAACUGUAGUGUCUGAUGACAUACAAUGAAAUACUAAAGAGUCCUGAGUUCACCUUACCUUUGCCAGAGAGAGUGGGUAAAACAGGAAUGCAGCAUUCUGGGUGGUACUGGGAUACAACCGCGAGAGGCUCGUGCCGUUUUCUCCCAAGUGAACUCUCGAGCCUCCUGCCCCCAUACCCAUUCAGAGGUGUUGGUGAUCGGCCACUGGACAGGAACCCCGCCAGCACAUCCCUGUGCAGCCCCCCAAGUCAUUACAAUGCAGUGUCUUCACCCAAAGGAGAGGAGGAGGCAGGCUACACUUCUAUUGCUACUGCACAAAAAUCUAGAAAGUCUGAUGGGUGUUUUUGCCAGUUAGGAGACUAACGUUUUAGUAUAAGAUUAUCUCACCACAUACCUUUGUGUCAGUAAGAGUGGCUCCUCAUGCCCGGAGAGCCAGAUCUCUAACUUGGUGGAGGUUCAGUCAGCUGUAGUGUAUUCUUCCCUGCCUGGCUGCCUGAGGGGAGUCAGCCCAUCUUCAGAAGUUAACCAAGAGGCAGGAUCUUAACAGUAACUGUUUGGGAAGUCUCACGGGAAGUGAUGGCCUGUUUCCCUCUGACAUCCCAGUAUAUAUAGUUACAUAUGUAAAUAUCUGAAAACCCUGUGUAAUGGUGAAGACUAUGUACAGAGCAGCCUUCCCAAACGUGGCCCUAGGCAAAAAGCCACUCUUGCCACUUGGCUUGGAUGUGCUGGUGACUCAGCUUUGGGGAUAGAUCCCCAGAUCCAUCUGCUCUUCCUGGUCCAGCCAGGAUGCGCCAGAACCUGCCCUGCCUCUGCCUUCUCAAAUGUGACCAUUUCAGGGAGCCACCCUCAGCCUUGGGUUCACGAGAGGAUGAAGCCCCCAGAGACCAGUGCCUAGAGCCUGCUCCCCUAGGCCUGGAGCCCAUCACGGGGCGCUGGACUCUGAGUCCCCGCAUCCGGGUCUGCAUUCCCAACAUUGCCCAUCAGCCCCGGCCUCAGAGAGUCCCAGAGUAACCUACUACCUCCCCAUCGCUCCCGCUAUCCCGGUCACACCAGCCACCCCAUCUGCACACAGAUAAGACCCGCCCCCGAGCCCAGCAGUGAGGCUGUUACCAAUGUUUACAAUUAGGGGCACCUCCUCUGAGGCGUGUUUACUCUCCCACUCCCAAGGCCACUUGCUGGUUUGAGUUUCAUGUCCUUCUGCCCCUUACCUGAUUGAGGCCAACUUGAACACACAACCCUGAUCUUACGUCCCGACCCUCCAUCAAGGCCAUGGUGAGGACUGUGUGGGAAGAAUAUUCCUUGUACAUACUCAGCACAGCCCCUAGAGUUUGGACUUGUACUAUUGUUCUGUAAAGAGGGUGAAAUAGAGCUUAUUGUAAAGCGUUGGGAGAAGUAUAGUAUUGUAUUUGUAACAAUAUGGUUCUUUGUAUACACAAAACUCAAUGAUCUCUAUAUAUAAUUAUAAAUAUAUAUAAAUAAGAUAUAUAUACACGUGAGCCUGGAAUGUUGAUGCCGCACACCCACUGAAUGUAUUUCCCCUGACAGUCUGGUCACUGGGCUGGCCCGCCCUCCCCUCCUCCGUACUGUUUUGGGGGUUGUGAUGUAUUUAAUGUGUUCUCUUCCUUUAUUUAACUGAACGCUAAUGUCUGUAAGAGUUGCCGCAACAAUAAACAAGAACGUCACCUCUUGG